GCGGCCCGCUGUACGUGCCGGCCGCGCCGGGGCCGCGGGAGCCGCCAGCGGCAGACGGGCCGGAGCGGCGGAGCGUGCGGGACGCGGGGAACGGGCGCUUGGGGAGCAGCUGGAGGAGGUCAACAGGGCCUUAUAACCAAAACUCUUUGAACUAUCUCAAGGGAGACUUUGCUGCUCACCGCCCUCCGUGCUGGAACUCACAGGCCCCACCAACUCCUGUUUGCUGACCCAUAGGUGCAAGUGCCUCUGCCUGCCAUGGGGGAGCCCAGCAUGGACCCAACCAUGCCAGCUGCUGACAGCACUGCACAGCAGGACUCUCUCUUCAGCAUGAUGGACGUGUUCCUCAUCUCCCUCAUCACUGGACUUUUUACCUACUGGUUCUUCUUCCGCAAGAAAAAGGAGGAAGUGCCUGACCUCCCCAAAAUGCAGUCAGUAGCAGCUCCAGUGAGAGACAGCAGCUUCAUUGAGAAGAUGAAGAAGACGGGCCGAAAUAUAGUGGUUUUCUAUGGUUCCCAGACGGGCACAGCAGAGGAGUUUGCCAAUCGCCUCUCCAAAGAUGCCCAUCGCUAUGGCCUCCGGGGCAUGGCAGCAGAUCCAGAGGAGUAUGACCUGUCGGACCUGAGUCGCCUCUCUGAGAUUGACAAGUCCUUGGCAGUGUUCUGCAUGGCCACCUAUGGAGAGGGGGAUCCCACAGAUAAUGCCCAGGAUUUCUACGACUGGCUGCAGGAGGCUGAUGCUGACCUCUCGGGUCUCCGGUUUGCAGUGUUUGGGCUGGGGAACAAAACUUAUGAGCACUUCAAUGCCAUGGGGAAGUACGUGGACAAGAGACUGGAGGAGCUUGGAGCGCAGCGCAUCUUUGAGCUGGGGCUGGGAGAUGACGAUGGCAACCUGGAGGAAGAUUUCAUCACCUGGAGAGAGCAGUUCUGGCCAGCAGUGUGUGAGCACUUUGGGGUGGAGGCUACAGGAGAAGAGUCCAGCAUCCGGCAGUACGAGCUGGUGGUGCACACAGAUGUGAACAUGAACAAAGUCUACACGGGGGAGAUGGGCAGACUCAAGAGCUACGAGAACCAGAAGCCCCCGUUUGAUGCCAAGAACCCCUUCCUGGCUCAGGUUACAGAGAACCGCAAGCUGAACGAGGGUGGAGAGCGACACUUGAUGCACCUGGAGCUGGAUAUCUCCAAUUCCAAAAUCAGGUAUGAGUCUGGGGACCACGUGGCCGUGUACCCAGCCAACGACUCCUCCCUGGUGAACCAGAUUGGUGAGAUUCUGGGCACAGACCUGGACACUGUCAUGUCCCUAAACAACUUGGAUGAGGAAUCCAACAAGAAGCAUCCCUUCCCCUGCCCCACGUCGUACCGGACAGCCCUGACCUACUACCUGGACAUCACCAACCCUCCCCGCACCAACGUCCUGUACGAGCUGGCCCAGUACGCCUCGGACGCCGGCGAGCAGGAGCGCCUCCGCAAAAUGGCCUCGUCUGCUGCCGAGGGCAAGGCGCUGUACCUCAGCUGGGUGGUGGAGGCCCGCAGGAACAUCCUGGCCAUCCUGCAGGACAUGCCCUCCCUGCGCCCCCCCAUCGACCACCUGUGCGAGCUCCUGCCCCGCCUGCAGGCCCGCUACUACUCCAUCGCCUCCUCCUCCAAGGUCCAUCCCAACUCCAUCCACAUCUGUGCCGUGACGGUGGAGUACGAGACCAAGACGGGCCGCCUGAACAAAGGGGUGGCCACCAACUGGCUGAAGAGCAAGGUGCCUGAGCAGAACGGGAGCAGCUCCCUGGUGCCCAUGUAUGUGCGGAAGUCGCAGUUCCGGCUGCCCUUCAAGCCCAGCACGCCCGUGAUCAUGAUCGGGCCGGGCACCGGCAUCGCCCCCUUCAUCGGCUUCAUCCAGGAGCGUGCCUGGCUGAAGCAGCAGGGCAAAGAGGUGGGUGAGACAGUGCUUUACUAUGGCUGCCGCCGUGAGCACGAGGACUACCUGUACCGGGAGGAGCUGGCCCGCUUCCAGAAGGAGGGAGUCCUCACCCAGCUCAACGUGGCCUUCUCCAGGGACCAGGCUGAGAAGGUUUAUGUCCAGCACUUACUGAAGAAGAACAAGGAAAACGUCUGGAAGCUGAUUAAUGAGGGGAUGGCUCACAUCUAUGUGUGCGGCGAUGCCCGGAACAUGGCCCGGGACGUGCAGAACACCUUCUACGAGAUCGUGUCCGAGUUUGGCAACAUGAGCCAGCCCCAGGCCAUGGACUAUGUAAAGAAACUGAUGACAAAGGGCCGCUACUCCCUGGAUGUGUGGAGUUAAGAGCAGGGCUGGCGGGGCCAGGGAGAGAACAGGUCCCCAGGCGUGGG